AUGGCGCGUAAAUCGAAGGCGAUUGACCACAUGGUCAAUCGCAUGAGCAAAGUGCGGCUGGUGGAUGAGCGGGCUGCUGCACCGCCGCAAACUCAAGACGAUCCAGUGGAAGACGGCAAGGAAGCCGCUCAGCGCCAGCCUUUUCGCUUCUUCGAUCUUCCUUACGAACUGCGAUUGCGCGUUUACGAAGAGCUUCUGAUCUUACCCAAGACUAUCGAUCUCGAUGAAACGAACUAUCGCACGAUCGCACCCGCCCUCCGCCUCUUCCUCGUAGACCACCGUAUGCACGACGAAGCCUCGCGCGUUUUCUACGGCGGCAACACCUUUCGCGUGUUCCCUAUCGGGCGGUACAUCAACCGCAAGCAUCCGCUACUCGCGUGGUUCCCUCGCAAAUACAGAGCACAGCUCACACGUUUGGAGUUGAGACUAGGGCCUGGCUUCACCAAACCGCCGAAAUGCUGGGUGGUGGACAGCCGCCUUGGCCUGGCGGCGAUGAAGAAGGUGUAUAGACUUAAGGUCUUUGUAGAGCUCGACCCUGCAUCCAAUGAUGUAUUUGAAGGGUUCCGUGCCGGCAAAAACUUCUACACUGAGUACUGCGUCGGGCUGCUGAGAGGUUUGCUCGCGCAGGUGCCGUCGAUCGACGACGUCGAGUUCGACGCCUACCCGAGUGUGUCUAAAUCCAGCCCUCUCCUGAGGGGCUUGCUGGAAGAGACGAAGCUCAACCAGAAGCGCGUUGCCUGGGGCCCUGAGAGGGGCUGGGACGAGAUCGUGGAGGUCGACCUAGUAGGCGUCCUGCAGAAGAUGGGGUUGGAUACUUUUUGA